CAUUCAGAUAAAUCAGAUCAUCACACUUAUGAUAAAAGGGAUCUAUUGUUCCCAUACACCCAAGAUGAAAAACAACAUUUGAUCAAAGAGUAUAUUGAUUCUUACGAUUAUAAUGUACUUCUAUCAACUGAAGAUGAAAAGGAGAUUGAAGAUCAAGAAUUUUCAAAAUAUGAUGCAUUCUUAGAGACUUGCAAAUUUAGAAAACACAAUUAUGAUGGAUUGAUAAACAAAUCAUCAGAUAUUAUUCAAAUAUUAAGUGAUUUGACUGUCAAGUAUGAUACUGUCACCAAAGAAACUUAUGAGUUCCAAGAACAAUCAGACAAAUUGAUCAAUGAGUAUAACACCUACUUGAAAUUGAAUGAUGAAGUAAAAGAUUAUUUGCAUUAUUUUGAAUUAUUAGAUACAUUCACUAGAAGAUUAAACAAUCCAAGUCCCAACAUUGUUAGAAAAAGCUCAUUCAAAAGGAUGCUUUCUCAGCUAGAUGAAUGUAUUGGGUUCAUUAAUGAACAUAAAGAUUUCAAAGAUUAUGAACUAUAUAAUCUUAGAUUCAAACAAUGUCUAGUCCGUGCAUUAACAUUAAUUAGAAAUUAUGUUGUCAAUAAUCUAAAAACAAUUAGAGAUGACUUAACAACCAAGAUAUCUGCAACAAAAAUCAAUUCAGUGACACAAGACGCAUUGAUAUACACCAGGUUUGGAUCUGACUCCGAGUUCUUAUAUGAUGUUGUUGCAGACUUGGUGAAUAGGGCUGAUAAUAAUGAUGAAUUGGAAGGAUUAUUAUCUGAUUGUUUUAAUUUCUACUUUGGUAUAAGAACAAGAUUGAUCCAACCAAAGAUUUGGGAACAUUUGAAGCUAUCAGUUGAUGAUAAAAAGACUCUAGUUCAGUUUUCACAAGGGAAUAUUUCAUUUUUCACCAAAAUUUUCCGUGAUGAAUUUGAAUUGUUCCACAAAAUCUUCCCAAGAGAUUCUAAAGAUGCCUUGCUGCAUUGGUUCCAACAAAUAUCUGAACCCUUAAAUGAUACAUUAAGAAAAAGCAUAUUGAGAGAAUCUUCAAUCAGCUCAUUAUGUGAACUAGCCACAUUAUUAGAUAAAUAUUAUGAAUAUGACGAAGAGGAAGAAGAACAAUUUGAAGCCAAUAACCUGUCAACUUUUAAUGAUUACGAUAAACCUCGUUUUGAAAAUGUUGAUCUAGGAGAAGUUUUCCAUCCAAUAUUACAAGAUGUUCAAUCAAGAUUAGUCUUUAGAGCCCAAGUUUAUGUUGAUGAAAACAUUGUUAGAUACAGACCAACGAAUAAGGAUUUCCAAAUUGGCCAUAGAAGAAAAUCAGAAGUGGCUCAAGAUGACCAAGAUCCUGACGUUUCAAUGUCCAAUAGUAAAAACACCCUCAAGGAUUGUUAUUCACCAUUGAGUAAAGGUAUUUCAUUACUAUCCAAGAUGUAUCAAUUGGUGAGCUCCUCAGUCUUUGAUGAUAUGGCACAUAAUAUUGUUCAUGAUUGUAUUAUUUCAUUGAGACAAGCAUAUAAUGUUGGGAAACCAACAAUAGGGAAAUUAGAUUCUGAAUUAUUUUAUUUGAAAAAUUUGCUCAUGUUGAGAAGUCAAAUUCAAAACUUUGAUAUCGAAUAUGUUAGUAAUGAAACAUUUCUUGAUUUUUCAGGGAUUGGUGAUAUAAUUAAUAAGAUUAGAAAUGGUUCAAGUGUUUUCAAUGAUGGUGGAAUUUUGGAAUUAGUCCGAGAAUCUGUACCAAAAGUGGUUAAUAAUAUGAUUGAUGCAAGAACUGAAUUACAAACAGAGUUAAGAAAUAUUGUUCAUGAGUUCACAGAAGAUGCAGUUGAACAGAUUAUUGAACCAAUAUCCAAGGCAAAUCCUGAAACCGCAGAGCAAGAUUCAAUGAAGUUGAAAGAUAAUAUAGAGGCUUCAUUUCCUAGGUUGAAAAGUGAAAUUGAAAUCUUUAUUGAUAAUAGAGAAAUUGUUACAUCAUUAAUUGAUGGUAUUCAGGUAUGUAUAUUUUUACCUCUUUUUUGGGGCCCUGAACUAACUAACCAACUUUUAGGAACUUGUUAUUCAAAAUUAUGA